AUGACCGUAUGCUUAAUAUCUUUAAUUUCUCAAUCGCGACGUCGCUUCAUCGCCGUAUCGGGAAGCGCAGGGGCAGCGAGCUGGCAGGAGACAGGAUGGAGAUGGAGCGCUGAAUCAGGCCCAGCAGGGCUGGUCAGCUGGCUAGGAUGGGUGGUCAGAGAGGAUCCUGGAGUUGCUGCAGCUAGUCUCUCGUCCCUGGGCCGCUCGUUUGCAAGCCCCGAAGGAGCUGCGAAGAUGGACGGACGGCUACCUGUCCGUGUCAACAAACCAACUCGUUGCCUUGCUUUACGAAAUGCUCUGAUCACUUUCAGUGCCAUUCAACUACAGCUUUCGAUGACGAUGAUGACGACAUACCUAUCGUCUGGAAUUAAUCAGUCCCCAGUCAAGUGCUACCAAUCGGUCCUCUAA